UUUACAUUUGUAUAGCAAGCAUAAAGGGUGCGAAUUUGAUAACCUUUUGUCAAUGGCCGAAGGUUCUUUUUGGCUUGUUGUUUUGGUUGGAGGGGUUCUUGGUAUUUUGCUGAGUCUUGUCUUGAACCAUUUCUUGCCCUUGUUCUUCAAGGGUGGCCUUGUCCCCAAGGGGACUUUUGGAUGGCCUUUACUUGGUGAAACGUUUAGUUUCUUAAAGCCUCACUCUUCCAAUUCUGUGGGGGCAUUUCUUCAAGACCAUUGUUCUAGAUAUGGGAAAGUGUUCAAAUCCCAUUUGUUCUUCUCCCCAACUGUGGUGUCGUGUGACCCAGAGCUGAACUAUUUCAUACUUCAAAAUGAAGGCAAGCUGUUCAAGUGCAGUUACCCAAAGCCUAUCCAUGGCAUUCUUGGCAAGGUUUCCAUGCUGGUGGCAGUAGGUGACACUCACAAGAGGCUCAGAAAUGUGGCCCUCUCUUUGGUCACCAUUACCAAAUCAAAGCCUGAGUUCCUCAAUGACAUUGAAAGGAUAACCAUUCAGAUACUGGACUCGUGGAAAAAUAAACCGGAAGUUAUCUUCUGUGAAGAGGCUAGAAAGUUCACAUUCAAUGUAAUAGUAAAGCAAGUGCUAGGCUUGACACCACAGGAGCCAGAAACUUCAAAAAUUCUUGAAGAUUUUCUCACUUUUAUGAGAGGACUUAUCUCUCUCCCACUUUAUAUUCCUGGAACCCCAUAUGCAAGAGCUGUUCAGGCUAGAAGCAGAAUAUCUUCUACUGUCAAAGCAAUUAUAGAGGAAAGAAGAAGAAAUCCUGAUGAUGAGAAUUAAAAAAGGAGUGAUUUCCUUGAAAUCCUUCUAUCUGUUGAUGCCUUAUCUGAUGAUGAAAAAGUAAGUUUUGUUUUGGAUUCUCUAUUGGGUGGCUAUGAAACUACUUCCCUUCUAAUGACGUUGGUGGUUCAAUUCCUGAGCCACUCCCCAACUGCAUUACAACAGUUAAAGCAAGAACAUCAGAAAAUAAGGAGCAUGAAGCACAAAGGUGAUCAUUUGGAUUGGGAAGAUUAUAAGAAAAUGGAUUUCACUCAAAAUGUCAUCAAUGAAGCUCUCAGAUAUGGCAACAUUGUCAAAUUCGUGCACCGAAAGGCUCUCAAAGAUGUCACAUUUAGAGGUUACCUAAUUCCAUCUGGCUGGAAGGUCCUACCUGUUUUCACUGCAGUUCAUUUAGACCCAUCUCUCCAUGCAAAUGCUCUCCAGUUUCAUCCAUGGAGAUGGGAGAGCCAGGAUCCCGCAGGCAAGAAAUUUACACCCUUUGGAGGUGGGUCAAGAUGCUGUCCUGGAUCUGACCUAGCUAAGGUUGAGGUUGCUUUCUUCCUCCACCACCUUGUUCAAAACUUCAGGUGGAAAACAGAAGAUGAGGAUCAGCCCAUUGCAUAUCCAUAUGUAGAAUUUCAAAGAGGACUAGUUCUAAAUGUGGACCCAUGUUCUGAAACUACUAUGUAGGGCUUCCUUCUGAAUGAAGGCUGAGAAUCAUAUUGCUCAUGUUUUUAAUCCA